AUGGCUCGCUCAAGCGUAACUGUUCUCGCACUUCUCACCUCCGUAGCAUUAGCUAGCGCCCAAUGUGCCCCGGAGACGUUCACUGCGUUCCUUGUGGACAACCCGGAGGUGACUGUCAACUUCGCACAAGCCGUCCCGCAAAACGGAAGUUUCGGGCAGGGAAGUUCUAAUAUCCCCUUUCCUUUCAAUGCGACGCGCUUACCGGCGCUCUGUGCCGUGGGUAUCAACGUCAAAUCGUCUGCAAACUCGUCAUACAACUUCGGCCUAUUCCUUCCCGAUUCGACAUGGAAUAAUAGGUUCUUAGCAACGGGCAACGGUGGCUUAGGUGGUGGUAUUAAUUGGCCAGAUAUGGGCAUAUUCUCCCACUAUGGAUUUGCCACAAUGUCAACAGAUACAGGACAUUCGUCUGAUCCUGGUGACGGGUCAUGGGCGCUCAAUGCGCCCGAGAGUAUCAUAGAUUGGGGCUAUCGUGCCAUGCAUGGCUCUGUUGUCUUAGCCAAACAUAUCAUAACGAAUUACUACGCGGCAGACGAUGGCAUUAGCUACUCCUACUAUGCUAGCUGCUCUACUGGCGGAAGGCAAGGACUGAGAGAGAUUCAGCUUCAUCCAGAGUCGUUCGACGGUAUCUCUGUCGGUGCACCAGCUUGGUGGACUCCUCAUCUUGCAGGCGCAACUCUUUGGCAAGGUCUCUAUAAUUAUCCCGAGUCUGCCCCAACGCACAUUAACCCUUCAUUAUUCAGAACCAUCACUGCUGAAAUGAAGAGGCAAUGUGACCCGCAAGAUGGCCUGGUUGAUAACAUCAUUAGCGACCCUUACGGCUGCACCUUCGACUUUGAGGCACUGCUCUGCACGAGCGCGAACUCAACUGCGUGUCUCACGCCAGCACAGCUAACGACGCUAUACAAGUUCUAUAACGACUGGGUUGAUACCAACCAGGAAUUCGUAUUUCCUGGUGUAAGCCUCGGAACAGAUCCAGGCUUUCUUCUGAGUCAGGUAUCAACAUACGGCUCGGACCUUUUCACCUAUUUCGUGUUCAACGACACAGAAUAUGACUUCACGAAGUUCACCUACAAGGAUCUUCAGGUAGCAGACGCCAUUAACCCCGGAAAUGCGACGGCGGGAGACUUUGAUCUGUCGCCGUUCAUGAAGCGCGGUGGCAAGAUCCUGAAGUAUCAUGGGGCAGCGGAUAGUCUCAUCCCGACUGGCAGCAGUAUCUAUUUCUAUAAGAAAGUCUUGCAAACCCUAAGGCCCAAGGGUAUCAACCUCGACGACUUCUAUCGCUUCUUCCUCAUUCCUGACAUGGGUCAUUGUUCGGGAUCGAUGACCGGACCGUGGUACCUUGCCGCUGGCAGCCAGUCUCUGACAGGAGCCACGCACUCUGUCCCCGGGUAUGAAGAUGCCGAGCAUGAUAUCAUCUUAGCCAUGAUGAAAUGGGUUGAACAUGAAGAGGCGCCGGAUCAUUUGAUUGCGACGAAGUUCGUCAAGGAUAAUGCGGCGUUGGGUGUGCAGAGUCAACGGCCCCUGUGCGUUUACCCAAAGCAGGCGAAGUACAUAUCAGGUGACCCCAACGUCCCCGAAAGCUGGGAGUGCAAAUCCCUGUAUUAG